CACGGUCACAUUAAUCCAUAACCGCGUCGCUUUUUAUUUAAAAAAUUGCAAACCAAACGUAAAUUUGAGCAUGCAAACGGAACCCGAUUGUGAUAAAAACUAAGAAGCGCAGGCCAGAAAAGCAGUAGCAGAGUUUGUCAAGUGAAUCAGCACGCGUGGCCAGUUGGAAACCCGAGAUCCAGGCAUUGGCCGGUCCAGAAAAAGAGACGCCGAAUUCCGCAUUUCGCACACUCGCAUUCGCAUUCCUGCGCAAUUCCAGGAAGAAGCACCGUUCACAGGCACGAUGAGCAAGGACAUUUACUACUCGGACAAGUACUACGACGAGCAGUUCGAGUACAGACAUGUGGUUUUGCCGAAGGAACUGGUCAAAAUGGUGCCCAAGACCCACCUGAUGACGGAGGCCGAGUGGCGGUCCAUUGGGGUCCAGCAGUCGCGCGGAUGGAUCCACUACAUGAUCCACAAGCCGGAGCCCCACAUCCUGCUCUUUCGGCGCCCCAAAACGGAUUAGCCAACAACAACAACAACUGCAGCAGAUACACAUACAUAGCACAUACCUAUACUCAUAUAUCCGGCAGCUGCUGCCGAUAAUUUGUAUUGGCGGUGGUGGUGGUUGCUACUGCGAAAAACAACCAACUGUUGCACAAACAUCAACAACAACAACAACCUCAUCAUCAUCAUCAUAGGAAUCCCUCGGGAAACGUGUGCUUCGUAAUACUCUCUUUUUUAAUCAUGUUUGCCCCGCUAUCAACUGUCUUUACCUUUUACCUCUCUAUUAUAUAUAUAGCACCUAGAGCUAGGGCCCAGUUUGCCAUUUUCAACCUCACCUCGGUUACGGGAGAUAUUUCAGAGGUGGUAGUCCCGAAUCAUUCCUUUUUA